GAGAUGUAUGGAGAAAGCUUGGGCAUCCUGAAGAACUACCGGGUGUUGAAUGUGGCCAUCACCCGAGCUAAGUAUGGCCUCAUUUGCGUCGGAAAUGCAGAUGUGCUGAGCAAAGGAUCCAAAGAUUUCAAUGCCUUCAUCCAUAGCUUGAGUCGAAUUGCUGGGGUGGAGCAGCGGCUGAUGCUCAAGAGGAUCACGCUGGAGCCGUGGGGAACUCAUGCAUACCUGGAUGCUCUGGGGAUGGAGAAGGUGGCAAACUUGCUACAGCAACGGUCGGCUUUGAUCGAGAACUCCUUUGUUUCAUAUGGAUUUCAUUUGAUGCUGGCAGCUGUGCUGUACGGCCUGAUCGUCGUCUUCAGUCAGAAGACUUUGGCAGAGCGGCCAUCUCGUCUCCGGGUAUCUCUGGCAGCUGACGAGGAUUUGGGUGAGAUCUCAGAAAUCACACCUUCGGCCGCAACAGCUUCAGGAGCUGCUCAGCUUCCGGGGGCUGGCUGUCAGCAAGAGGAGGCAUUGCUAGCUGCUCUCCGGGACCUUGGGGUCACAUCUAUUUCUGAUUUUCGGGAGUUGAAGUGUGGAGAAUUUGUGGAUCAGGUUCACUUGAAUCAGGGUUGUGUUACUUGGAGUGGUUGCAGUGUGACUGAGAUCCGACUGGACGAACGGGAUGAUCCUUUGGGAGCAUUGUCUGACAGUUUCUUGGGGCUCCCUGAUCUGGAGGUCCUCAAGUUGGAAGUCCCCCCAAUCCGAGGAAAUCUCCACAGCUUGCGCAACUGCAGGAAGUUGAAAGAACUUCGCCUCUCCGGGAUCGAAGGAAGUUUGAUCAGCCUGCAAAAUUGCACUAGCUUGGAAAUCCUGGAGAUUGCAGACACCAAGAAGGUUGAAGGAGAUCUGCUGAGCUUGCGAAACUGCAACUUUUUGCGAGAGCUUCGGCUUUAUGGGUCCCAGAUCGAAGGAAAUUUGACCAGUUUGCAAAAUUGCACUAGCUUGGAACUGCUCAGCCUUGGACGGACCAAGGUUGGUGGAGAUUUGCUGGGUUUGCAAAACUGCACCAGGUUGCAGGACCUUUGGCUUGAUAGGACGAGAGUGCAUGGCAACCUGAAUGCUUUUGGAGUUUUGAGGAACUUGGAGUUUUUCGACCUAUCCCACACCAAUACGUCCGGAGAGCUGGAAAGCUUGCGCCACCCUCCACGCCUGGAAAGGUUCUUUGUCGGAGGAACGAAGAUCAAAGGCGCGUGUUUGGAGGACUUCGACGUACGAGCCGCCCUUGGAGAGCUGGGGCUCAAAGAUCCCGAGCUGAAGAACUUGGACUUGCAUGCCACUAAAAUUCUCAAGUUCAGUCAAAGGAACGAUUGUGACCUUGUUGAGAUCAACCUCGGUGGUCGCAGUGAUCUCAGUGGACGCUUGGGCAACAAGAUUCAGCAACUGGAGAAAUUGCAAGUCCUGAUUUUGAAAGGCACCAAAGUUAGCGGAGACUUACAAACCUUGAAGAAUGCCAAAGAUCUUGAAAGAUUAGAUUUGUUUGGCACAGAAGUUACAGGAGACAUUGAUCUACUCAGAAUGCUUCCGUCCCUUUUUGAUGUGGAUGUCUCCAAAACCCGAGUCACUGGCCAACUCAAUUGCGAUUAUUUAGAGUACUCCUGGAAGCCUGGCAAUUUCUUCCCCACAUGGUUUAAAUCUCUGAAUGUGGCUGAUACCAAUACGAGCAUCAUCCUUUCAGGCCUUUUCGAUAGUAUCAACUUUUGCAGCAGUCUGGUCUUCUUGGAUCUUAGUGGAACACGCGUGGAGAACACCUCCACGGCUGGCUUGCUAGAGUCUCUACAGCUCUGCUCUUCUCUAACAACUCUGAAAGUCAGGGGGUGCAAGCUGACCGGCACCUUGCCAGACAUUGCGGCCUGGCCUUUGGCAAACGCUUUGAUGUCCUUGGACCUGUCCUCCAACCGUCUCUCCAGAGUGGAGGCCAUCCCACCUCGGUGCGAUACAUUUUCUGUGUUCGGCAACGAGGGAAUCAGCUUUGCGCCUGGAGUUUUGCAGAAGGCAGUGGCUGAGAGUGUUUUCCUCGACCUUCGGGAUCUUACAUUGGCCAAUGCAGAAGGACUGGGCAUCAGCUGCCGCGCAUGUCCUGCAAAUUCCUUCAAGGAGGACUAUGAUGGCGAGUGCCAGAAGUGUCCAGCAGGGAGCGAGGCGCCUGAAGGUUCCAUCACUCGUCAAGAAUGCAAAUGUAAACUUGGAGAUCUCUUCAACAUGACUGGCACUUGGAAGUGUGGCUGCCCAGCCCAGCAUGUGUUGCUCGAAGACAGUUGCAUGAAGUGUGAGCGCCUGCACCUCAAUUGCUCUUCCCCAGGAACUGAGGCUGUCUCAGCGCAACCGCUGGCAGGGUACCUCCGACUGGGCAAUCGGGCGCGUGCCUUCGAGUGCUUGUCUCCAAACACAAGAUGCAUAGCUUCGAACCUCAAGGCUUCUCAUUGCCAUGAUGGCUACGCAGGGCAACUUUGCAUGGAAUGUGGUCCUGGCUUUUAUGCUAGUGGAGGGCUUUGUGAACAAUGCACGGAAACCUCAGCGAUUCAAUCAUUUCAGAGCCUUCGGCAGGAUUCAGGACUGGUGUUGGCUGCUGUGGCAGCGGUCAUGAUGUUGGUGUUGGCGUUGAUCGCGGGCCUUUGUUGGACGCGGCCCAGCAAUGCUGCGACUGCCCAGUCUGAGAUGCUGACUUCUGGUGGUUCGAAGGUCCUGACUGCUUUGAAGAUGCAGCUGAAAGCCCAAGCACCAUUGUUGUUACAAAUGGUCCAAUUGUGGUCCGUGCUAGCAGUUUUAGCCACCUCCCAAAGUGACUAUACCAACACUUUCGAGGGUGGCAAACUCACGGAUGUCGCCAAUGCCACCAACACACCAACAAACCACACCUCGAAAUCUUUCAUCCUUUGGGAAUUGCCUUAUGUCAAGGUUGUGCAACUUUCAGUGUCCAAUUUGAAAGGCGCAGUGAACCUCCAAUGCAAAUUUGAUGGGGCCACUGUGCGCUUGGCAUUUGCUUUGGCCGCUCCAGUCUUCCCAUUGCUAGUCCUGGUGUGUUGCCUCAUCCUGGAAGUCGUCAACCGUGGGGCUGGUAUUGCGGCUGCGCUUCAGGCGUUAACCCUUCUCUACGUUGGUGGAGCAUCGAGCUGCGCAGAUCUUUUGAGUUGCCAAGAUUUGGAUGGAGCUGGAGAGACUUUACCCAAAGAGUUUGUCUUUCGAAAGUCAAUCCCAUACAUUUUGUGCGAAAGCAGCUCCCCAGUCAAGACCGUGGUUGAUGCAGUGGGCUACAUCGCGGCUGUUUGUUACGGCAUCGUGAUCCCAGUUUGCUUGCUUUAUGUCUAUGCAAGGCAGCGCACAAUGCUGAGAUCGAGCAAGGUGACGGUAUCAUAUGCCUCAUGCAAGGGCAAUCUCAGAGUUUACAUGCAAAAACUUCUCCAGUCUGAAACUGUCAAGAGUUCAGCUAAGGAGGAUGAAUUCUCUCGAUGCUUGGUUGCAUCGGCUGCAGCUCACACAGCUGUACACCUGCGCGGCCGAGUUGGCUUCCAGUUGGCGGAUGGGGCUGCGGUCGUGAAACCGGUCUCGGUCGGCAGCCAGUCCAAUAUGGAUUUGAAUGCCGACUUGCUAGCGGUGCUCGGGCCAGAAGAUGCACAGGAGCAUGCCAAGACCCUGAGGUGUCAAUCUCUUGCAAAGAUGCUCACAGAGCGAGUGGUCCUUCAAGACAUCAUUCAGAGUGACAGAGUUCUGUUGGGUGGAAAGCAGUUGCUUCUCAAAUACAGGUUUUGCCAAAAUCUAUGGAUGGAGAUAGCGCAGAAAUUGGUAGCAGUGGCCCUGGUGUCGGUUGUCAACAGCGCUGAUGCCUUGCAGUUCUCUUUGGGCAUUGCUUUGACCAUGGCAGCCACGAGUCUCAUGGUGCAGCCCUAUCUCCAGCAGCAGGUCAACACACUCCAGUGUUUCUGCUUUGUUUGCUUGGGACUGGCAGCACUGAGUUUCAAAUGCCAGUGUCCAUGGUUGAGCCGUGCUGCCCUGCUAUUGCCCUUUGUAUUGAGCACCUUCCAAGCCCUGCGACCUGACAGUGUGGAGGCCUUGGCCAUAAGGCUUUGGGAGGAGCUGGAGCCUCGCAUGGAAGCCUUGAAGCAAGGUGAGACGGUAGAAGUCACUGCAGCUUUUCUAGAAACGGGCUUGAUCACGUUGGAAGCGGCGCAAGGGGUCCUGAGGGCCCGAGUUGAACCGUACAUGCGAUGUGGCUUUGAUGGAGAGCAAGUGCCCUCUUGCAGCCUGGAGCGGGACGUUGGCACCAACUCCAAGUUCACCCGGAUGGGCACCACGCAGGCCCUGCAGGCAAACCAUGCGGAAGAAGAGAUGUCACGUUGCCGGGAGGUUCAGCCUCACCAAGAUGGGGAGAAGGUGCUGCGGGACACGCAGGGACAUGUGUGCAACAUUUGUUCGCCGCGGAUCAUGGACUUCGAACACAUUGUUGGUCACGAGGACUUGCGGAUCUUUCAGGUCUUGAAACCCAAGAUUGACGCCUGCGUUGCUGGAGAGGCUUCAGAUGGCUUCAGUCUUGAGAGUAAGCAGAGUAAGCAGAGUCUUGCAACAGAGGUGUUCGGCGUCUUUGUCUGUGGCACUGCUUCGUACGACAACAAGGCAUCCUUUGUCGAUCGCUUGGCAGCGAAAGUCUCGAAUGGUACAAGGACUUGUCGCAGCUCUCAGACCCACCUGUGGCAUUUGCUGGGAGACUUUCAGGAGGACUUUAGCCCAACGAUGCUCCUGAUGCUCGAUCCUGCUCCAGCAGCUCAAGCUGACACAAUGAAGACAUUACAGUUUGGCCAAAGAUUACAGUCGUCCUUACUCCGCUUCGGGCCACGUCACAUCGGAUCUGCAGAUGCAUGGCAUCAAGACGUGCUCGACGAAGUCCAAAAGAUGAAGCUUCAAAUUGAGAAGAAAAAUAAAGAGAUUGCAGAGGCCAAAGUGUCACCCAAAGCUCAGCGAGCUCCGCUUCUCCAAGCCCAAGCAGGUGUCAAGUUUCCGAAGGUUAAUUUUUCGCAACCGGUGGCCUGUGGUGUCUCCAACCAGUGGCGACAAGUACAUGGUCACUUCAAGACCGCCGGGGACUCCGUUAUGCUGCAG